AUGGGGACACAGGCCCUGCAGGGUCUCUUCCUCCUUUUGCUCCCGCUUCUGCCGCUGCGCGGGGCCUCGGCAGUAAGCCUGUACAGUCCAGGCUUGUCCGAGUGCUUCCAGGUGAAUGGCGCCGACUACCGCGGUCACCAGAACCACACCGGUCCUCGAGGAGCUGGACGCCCGUGUCUUUUCUGGGACCAGACGCAGCAGCACAGCUACAGUAGCUCCAGCGACCCCCAGGGCCGCUGGGGGCUGGGCGCGCACAACUUCUGCCGGAACCCCGAUGGUGAUGUGCAGCCAUGGUGCUAUGUAGCUGAAACUGAGGAGGGCAUCUACUGGCGCUAUUGUGACAUUCCCACAUGUCACAUGCCUGGCUACCUGGGAUGCUUUGUAGACUCUGGUGCACCCCCAGCUCUCAGUGGUCCCAGUGGCACCUCCACGAAGCUCACUGUCCAGGUGUGCCUUCGCUUCUGCCGCAUGAAGGGCUACCAGCUGGCUGGUGUGGAGGCUGGUUAUGCCUGCUUCUGUGGCUCUGAAAGCGACCUGGCCCGGGGACGCCUUGCUCCCGCUACGGACUGUGACCAGAUCUGUUUUGGCCACCCGGGCCAGCUGUGUGGCGGUGAUGGACGGCUAGGCAUCUAUGAAGUGUCGGUGGGCUCCUGUCAGGGAAACUGGACUGCGCCUCAGGGUGUCAUUUACUCGCCGGACUUUCCCGACGAGUAUGGGCCAGAUCGGAACUGCAGCUGGGUGCUGGGCCCGACCGGUGCCGCUUUGGAGMUCACCUUCCGCCUCUUUGAGCUGGCCGACCCGCGUGACCGGUUGGAGCUGCGCGACGCCGCCUCGGGCAGCCUGCUCCGCACCUUUGACGGCUCCCGCCCUCCUCCGCCUGGACCUCUGCGCCUGCGUGCAGCCGUGCUGUUGCUCACUUUCAGCAGCGAUGCGCGCGGCCACGCGCAGGGCUUCGCGCUCACCUACCGCGGGCUGCAGGACGCUACAGAGGACCGCACGCCCCCCAAGGGCUCGGCCCAGACGCCCGCAGAACCCCCCGAGGGGGCCAACGUGAGCUGCAGCCCUAGGCCCGGAGCCCCACAGGCUGCGAUGGGGGCCCGGGUCUUCUCAACGGUGACGGCCGUCUCUGUGCUGCUGCUGCUGCUCCUGUCUCUGUUGCGUCUGCUGCGCCGACGGAGCUGUGUUCUGGCUCCGGGAAAAGGGCCCCCGGCAUUGGGACCUUCCCGGGGCGCCGGGAGAAGCUGGGCUGUGUGGUACCGCCGGCCCCAAGGGGUGGCGCUACCCUGUCCUCCUGGGGACCCCCAGGCAGAGGGUCCUGCCACCGGCUAUCAGCCCCUGAGUGCCUCCAGCCAGAGCUCCUUACGCUCGCUCAUCUCUGCUCUCUGA